UAAGGACUAAUAAGUUUAAAUCUUCUGGUAGGCAACUCAUGGAUAGUACUGAGACCAUCAAAAAGUGUUAUGUCCUGGUCUCCUAUGUAGGAUCUCAGUUUGAUGUGGAAGUUUGUGGGAGGUCUGAUCACACUAAAGAUAUGGAGUUGGAGUGUCGCAUUUUUCAGCCCACGAUGUCUCCUGUGAGACUAAUCACAGGAGACAUCAUUACAGGAGGUCAUGCAGAUAUGCUUGGUAAAAUUGAAAGGGCAGUGAUAGAAGGCUGUCUUGCAGCACAAGCUGUGUGUGAGCAAAGAAAACUGUUGGAGGAUAGAAGAGAGUUCCGAAGAGUACAAGAGGAUGAACUCAGACAAUCAGUAAGUUAUGAUGAGAUUAAUGGAGUAUUUGCUGGAGAAUUGGGAGAGAAUUUGCAGUUACCAUACAGUUCAAUACUAGCAUCCUAUCUCCAGUCAAUGCCAUGCCAAUGUUGGCUUCUAAAUACAUGGCUUUUAAAAGUAUAUCAAGUGAAAAUAGUAAAGUGGGUUUUGCACGACUGUUGAUUAAAGGGGAUCUAAACAAAUUUGAUUACCCACUCUCAGAGACAUGUGAUUGUCUGGUUCCUUUUU